CAUACCGGAAAUUACACACAAAUCGUGAUCGAUUGGAACCAAGCUCCCAAUAAGGGAUCCGAAAGGGUCGCGCGAUUGGUGAAAGGGGUCCGCAUCCAAAGCAGUGCAAUAGUCGGUACCCCCGCCUCAUCCCUGGGUCCCCCUGGGACUGGGCAGGGCUCAGCUAUAAAAGCAUACUGCGUCGCCCCUCGGACACGUAGUGUUUUCCCGCGUAGCGCACAAGAAAAACUGUCAUCACACACCAUGAAGUUCUUCAUUGUUUUAUUUGCUGUUGUGGCGGUCGUCAGCGCCGGAUAUGAGCAUGUCUACCACGCGCAUUUCAUCCCCCAGCAGCCCGCCAUUCCGCCUCCACAUCCGGGUCCCCUGCAUAUCAAAGGAAACGAUCACGUCACUAGACUACAUUAUGAUGGUCCUCAUGUAUCGCAUCCACAUCUCGUCGGCGUUGAGCAUUAUGCCCCCGCUCCGGAACCUGAAAUUUCCAUCAUAAAGACUAAACACGGCUGGGAUUAAGGAUCCUGUAUGACGAUGCCUCUUGAUUAAACCCAUUGAUCCAGAGUGGUCUAUACUGGAAUGGCACUCAUCUCGAAUCUUAUUGAUCAAAAUAAUGACAGCAGACAACUUCGUCGACGAUAUAUAUAUAUAUUUGAUUUUUCGCGAAUCCAAAUAAUUUCAAUUGAAGACAAUCAUCAAAAACAGCAUCUCCGAGGAAUUUUGAAAUCUUUAGAAGAAACGAAAAAUCGUGGACCACUCAUGGAUCGCAGACCAGGCAGCCAAACUUAAGAAUAAAACAAAUCCGUCUUGAUUUUACCUUUAGAACUACAUAUGACACGCCUUACACAAAUAUACAUGGACACGAAUAUCCGCAUCUUUUUCUGUUCCUUCAUCUUUCCCAACACCGAAAUUCUCGUGCGGCAAUUGUGUGUGAUAUGAAGAAGACAUCAUAACAUCAAAGAGAGCGUUUUCCCUUUUCCCCUCAUUUCUCGGAUCCCGUCCUAUUUUUCUUCACUGUCCGCACCAACACUUUUAUUUAUUUUCUAAUAAAAGUUAAUGUGUACGUCUUGUGAUAAAACAGAAA